AAGCAAAGGGAAUUGCAACUUGUGGAACCUUGGGGUCCCCUAAAGCCGCUGCAAGCCUUUCUUUCCCUCGAUUGUGGAUGGUGCUUGGGAAUAUAACCUCUGAAACUUGUGAUCCGGGCUGAUAGGAGUCAGCAGAGCGAGGGCCGAGGGAAGGAAGUGUCAGGCUCUAAGUAGGGUACAGGGUCCCCAAGUUAGCAUCUAGAGGCCCUCCAGGCUCGGGGACCGAGGAGAAGGAGAAGGAGCGGGAGCCGCCGCCAUGCGUGACAGGACCUCUGAGCUGAGGCAGGGACUUGACAGCUCGGACGAUGAGGACACGGAGCGCGUGGCGCUGGUGCUCAACUCGGGCACUGCGGGGCUGGGGAACCCAGACGAUGUGUUCUUCCAGAAGGUCCGGGCAAUCCGGCAGACUAUCAUCAAGCUGGAGAAUAAAGUCCAGGAGUUGGAGAAGCAGCAGAUAACCAUCAUGGCCACACCCCUUCCCGAGGAGAGUAUGAAACAGGACCUGCAAAAUCUGCGCGAAGAAAUCAAACAGCUGGGGAAUGAGGUUCGCACACAGCUGAAGGCCAUUGAGCCACCGAAGGAAGAAGCUGAUGAGAACUAUAACUCAAUAAACACAAGAAUGAGAAAAACCCAACACGGGAUCCUGUCCCAGCAAUUUGUGGAGCUCAUCAACAAGUGCAAUGCGCUGCAGUCUGAAUACCGAGAGAAGAAUGUGGAGCGCAUCCGGAGGCAGCUGAAAAUUACCAAUGCUGGAAUGGUGUCUGAAGAGGAACUAGAGCAGAUGCUGGACAGUGGACAGAGCGAGGUGUUUGUGUCCAAUAUCCUGAAGGACACGCAGGUCACUCGGCAGGCCCUAAAUGAGAUCUCGGCCCGGCACAGUGAGAUCCAGCAGUUGGAGCGCAGUAUCCGGGAACUCCACGAGAUCUUCACUUUUCUAGCUACUGAGGUGGAAAUGCAGGGGGAGAUGAUCAACCGGAUUGAGAAGAACAUCCUGAGCUCACAGGACUAUGUGGAACGUGGGCAGGAACAUGUCAAGACAGCCCUGGAGAACCAGCAGAAAGCACGGAAGAAGAAACUGUUGAUUGCCAUCUGUCUGUCCAUCACUGUCCUCAUUCUGGUGGUCGUCAUUGCUGUCUCAUUGACCUGAGAGCGUCACUCAUUCUUGGCACUGAGAACUCCAGAGACCCAGGGUCUGCCUUCUCUCCCACAGCUGGGGAGGGUAGGACAAAGCCUCCAGCCAGCACCCCCGUCUCACAGUGGUCCUGUGCAGAGGGGCAGCAAUGCACUCAUGGGGGCCUCCCUGCUUGGAUCACAAUGCCUAGGGAAGUGCCUGCAAUGUCCUGUUUGGCUGGGACAUGUGGUUUUGUAAGAAAUUAAAGAAAAAGAGCUUGGAUAC